GGCGCUGUGAGUCAAUCUGCGGAGUGUCACUUCCGGUGCAGUUCCCUGUCCGGUAGUGGCUAGCGGUAUUAAAGUUUAGAAACUACAAUAAGGGGAAAUGACAGCUUUCUCCGAGUUUUAACAUAUAGUGACUGAUUUUUAAUGUUGUAGUAGAUUAUUUCGCCCAGGUGUCGUUGCUCUUGCUGUGUGUUUUCCAGCGCUUCACUGUAACCGAGAUUGAGCAGGUAGCAUACUGCAGGCUAAAGUUAAGGACUGACUGCUGUCAGGAUGUAAACAUCAUCCCUGACAAACUUCAACAGCAGGAUCUUUCUGCUCUGUUAUGAUUUUUCCCUUCGUUUGGAUGUGAAUUAGUGUCUCUAAUGUUAUGUCACGAUGCCUCUCGCUCCUGCUAACCAGUCUCAGUUGAUUCGGUCCAGCCAGAAGGAUCAAUAUUACCAAACCUUCCUGAGAAACAACGCUAACGAGACUUUUCAGACACUUGCUGGAUCGAAACGAUGGCUGGACUGGAGGAGAGAGAUAGAGCUGCUGUCAGACUUUGUGUACUAUGGUUUAACAACUCUUCAGUUUGAUAUUCCCCCCUCUCUAGGUUUUCAAACUCUAGGAGAAGAGUACGUCAACAUCGUCCAGGUGGACCCUACCAAACGUCAGAUCCCCAAGACCAGACGUGGCCUCUUCAUCCUCUGUCAUGCCUUCUUCCCCUACCUCCUGGAUAAGGUCCUGGUGUGUCUGGAGAACGAGCUGGAGGAGGGCAGGAGAUCAGAAGGUGUCAGCCGGCGGCAGGCGGCGUCUGGCUGGUGGAGCCUGGAGUCGUGGCUGAAGAGAUGGUUGCAGCGGGCCGUGGGGAUGCUGUCAGAGCCUCAGAGGAGAGCGUGUCUGCCGGUGGUGUUCGUCCUGCAGCAGAGUCUGACGCUCCUGCACCGGCUGCAUGUGGCUCUGUUCUACAUCAGCGGCUCCUUCUAUCACCUGUCCAGAGGGCGGCUGGAAUCGGCUACUGCGCGUGAUGGGUCUGAAUGGCGAUGUGAUGGGACCAUCAGGAGUAGCUACAGGCUGCUGGGGGCCGUUUCCCUCCUCCAGCUGCUCAUCACGUUGUGUCUGCAGCUCAACAACUUCAAGACAGAGGCAAGAGCCAGCCAGGAGUGGAAGCUCUACAGGAACCUCAGUCCUCAGAAGACUCAGAGCCCGGGCUCCAGAGCUGCUCGCUGUAUCCUCUGUCUGGAGGAGAGGAGACACUCCACCUCCACCCCCUGUGGACACCUCUUCUGCUGGGAGUGCAUCACAGAGUGGUGCAACACCAAGGCAGAGUGUCCUCUGUGCCGGGAGAAGUUCCUGCCUCACAGACUGGUUUACCUCAGGAACUACAGAUAGACCUACAGUCUGAGACCACACACACACGCUGAUGUUGAUUGUGAUGUUCCUGCCACUCAGGAAGACGUGGAGACGUAAACAUUGUUCUCCAUCAGUCGUCUUCCUCUUCUUCUUCUUCUUAUCUUGUCACGGUUAAUUAACUUGCCGCUGAUGAGGAGGAGAAGUUGUUGAUUCAGGAGUUUGAUUGUAUCAGUCAGAUCAUGUAAAUAUUGUUUCAUUUAAUUAAACACAUCCAAAUAAAACAUGUGAAUCCUUCAAA